GGAGCCUCGGCGGCCCGGCCGGAGUAGCCCGGGGGUCUCCCGCCCGCCCUGCCCUGCUGUCUGGGCUGGCUAGCUGGAGCAGCAGCUCGUUUGGUUUUCCAGCGAGAGAGCUCUAAAGAGUGACCUCAGUGUCCUUCCUCCGCCGAGUCCGGAAGGGUAAGGAUGGACGCAUCCCCGGGCCUCGCUCCGGUGACCUCCGCCGGCCUGAAGCCCGCACCGCGCUUUGCGUCUCCAGCAGGUUGCUAGUCUUCCAGUGGCUGGGUUGCACUUGGGCCAACCAACAAUGGAAGCCAGUCAGAAAGACUUUGAAAAUGCAAUGAAUCAAGUGAAACUCUUGAAGAAGGAUCCUGGAAACGAAGUAAAGCUAAAACUCUAUGCAUUGUAUAAGCAGGCCACAGAAGGACCUUGUAAUAUGCCCAAACCAGGUGUGUUUGACUUCAUCAACAAAGCCAAGUGGGAUGCAUGGAAUGCCCUUGGCAGCCUGCCCAAGGAAACUGCCAGGCAGAACUAUGUGGAUCUGGUGUCCAGUUUGAGUCCUUCAUCUGAAGCCUCUAGCCAGGGAGAGCCUGGAGUCCAUGAGAAAGUCCCAGAGUCUGAGGGGAUCGUGGUGACCUCUGAAGAUGGCAUCACAAAGAUCACAUUUAAUCGACCCACCAAGAAAAAUGCCAUAACCUUUCAGAUGUAUAACCAGAUUAUAGAAGCACUUAAGACUGCAAGCACAGAUAACUCAGCCAUAACUGUUUUUACAGGAAAUGGUGACUACUACAGUAGUGGAAAUGACCUAACCAACUUCACUAGCGCCGCUGGUGGAAUGGAGGAGGCAGCUAAAACUGGCGCUGUUGUACUGAGGAAUUUUGUAAACAGUUUUAUAGACUUUCCCAAGCCUCUGAUUGCAGUGGUAAAUGGCCCAGCUGUGGGAAUCUCUGUCACUCUUCUGGGGAUGUUUGAUGCUGUCUAUGCAUCAGACAAGGCAACAUUUCAUACUCCAUUCAGUAGCCUUGGCCAGACCCCAGAAGCAUGCUCUUCUUACACAUUUCCGAAGAUAAUGGGUCCAGCCAAGGCAACUGAGAUGCUUAUUUUUGGAAAGAAGUUAACAGCAAAAGAAGCCUGGGCUCAAGGUCUUGUUACUGAAGUUUUUCCUGAGAGCACGUUCCAGCAGGAAGUCUGGACCAAGCUAAAAAGAUAUGCAAAGCUCCCGCCAAAUGCCAUGAGAAUUUCCAAGGAGUUAAUCAGAAAAAGUGAGAAAGAAAAGCUAUAUGCGGUGAAUGCUGAGGAGUGCACCACCCUCCAGUCAAAGUGGCUGACAGAGGAAUGCAUCAAUGCAAUCAUGAGCUUCGUGUCCAGAAAAGCAAAGCUGUGACGACCACUGCAGCAGUUGCUUGCAGAGGGAAGUGACCGCCACAGGCUCACUGCGCCUUUUUCAUGACUAAUGUAACAAUUAUGGUGAGAAUGUUUCCCAGCCCUGAGGAGUAAUAAAAUAAAAUAAGAAAAAAACUUUUUAAA